AACAAGGAAGUGAAAGAAAGGGUGCCAGACUCUGUUUUAUUCCAGACAGUCUCUGUUUUAUUCUUAACUGCACGCAUAAACCAUUCAGCAUGUGGAAAGUAAGAGUCUUCUGUUUCUUCAUCUGUACAGCCUGUCUACUGGAUAUUAACUGUGCUAAUAUUGGAUAUGAGGGAAAACACGUAACGUUUCACAUCAGCUACCCAGAGGGUUACGAGACAAACACCAAGUACUUUGGCAAAAAAGAUGGUUUCUUCUUUGAGAAACUGGUUCAGACUUCUCAUCCCUACAGAUGGGCGAAACAAGGGCGAUUCGCUCUAUUCGACAACACAUCCGCGCGCAUCCUUACCGCCACCAUCUUGCAAUUGGUCGUGGAUGAUUCUGGCUUGUACUCCUUCGGUGUGGAUGUUAAACUGUCACCUGAUUUGUCUGGUGAUAUACAACUAACUGUCAGGAGAGGUGAAGCACAGAGACCCACGAUAUCAUUACCAAGAGUGAUUGUCAGCAGCACGAACAGUCCUGCAAAUAUCACAGCCCAGAACUGGACCAAGACAAGAAAUCAGGAAUCUUCCCUCAAGUUUGUGAGCGUGUUGAGUCUGGUGUGUGUCUGCACACUUCUAGUUGUGUGUCCGUUCGCUGUGUUUAAGGUUUUAAAAUGGGCCGCCACCUGCAAGCUGUCAGUUUCUGUGUCUUAUCACACCAGGAAGACAUCAACUCAAGUUGUUGACGAGUAUGUGAACAUGAGCCGAACCGUCCUUCCAAACCCACCCACAGCUCAAAAUGAUGAAGGUUCACUUGUUGAUGAUUUUCACAGACCUACAAACACAGAACAGACACAUAACAAAGACGCCAACUACAUAGAUUUUGCUCUAGCAGACAGUCCAGAUCAGAUCUACACAGAAAUGAACCCUGGUUUUGUUCAAGAGUCAGUUUAUCAGAGCAUUGAUCUAACUAUUAACUGACUGAACACAGACGCCUCAUCAACAACUAAUGAAAAUCCUUAUUUUCCUUCACAUUUUUCCAGGAACAAUUAUUCAGAAACACUUUACAAGAUUCUGUUUGUUAAUGUUUUGUUAACAUGAACUAACAAUGAAAAAUACUUAAAUACUGUUUGGUAAUCUUAAUCUUUAAUGUUAAUUUCAACAUUUAUUAAUACAUUAUUCAAAUCAAAUGUUGUAUCUGUUUAUGUUAUCUAAUGGACAUGAACUAACAUGAAUUAUCAGUUGGUUUUUGUUAACUAAUGUAGCUAUUGCUCAUUGUUAGUUAAUGCAUUAACUAAUGUGAACUUAUGGAACUUUAAUGUAAAGUGUUACCAAUUUUUCAUCAGUUACAUGACGAUUUCAUUGAAUAUGAAGAAAAAUCAUUGAAUUGUAGUCUUGGAUAAAUAAACUUGAAUGUCAAAUAGUUGAAAACUGUUAAUGUGGACAUUAUUUAGCAGUGCUGAGAUCAGCACAGACUGGUAUAGAAGUGUGUGUUUAGUGUGAGUAAAGAUCUCGAUUGCGUCACUGCAGAUGUUUUAAGAGGAUGGAGAGACAAAAAGAGAGAAGUAAAUACUUUAUUGUACCAAGAAAGAGAAGGCGAACUGUAGCUACUACUUCACACAGUUUUUAUCUCAUGUUAAGUGAGAGCCUUCUCAGCAUGUGGAGCUUUCUAGUUGUCCUGUCCUGCAUAUUUACAGUGAUGUCUUUGAAUCCUGUAACUGCUCCAGUGGGAGGGAACGCCACAUUUCGGUGUUCUCAUUUUCUGGCCGAUGGGAACAUCAAAUAUUUCUGCAGAAACUCUUGUAAGGAUGAGUUUAUUCUCAUUCGAUCUAAUAGAGAACAAAACCCGACUUGCACAGACAGAUUCACUCUAUAUGAUGAAGGCUCAGACUUCACUGUGACCAUCACACGCCUGCAGCUUUCAGACUCUGGCACUUACAUCUGUGCAGUGGACAGAUUUCUUUUUGACACUUACAAAUAUGUAACUCUUCAUGUAUUUGAGGGUAAGUUAUCCAUAUUUUAGGGAAACUAUUUUGCACAAUUCACGUUUAUAAGGUGUUUGAACACAGAUGUGUGUAAACAACCAGCCUACAAUGGUAAAAAUCCAUCCAAUACUUUUUUUUUUAUAAUCCCCAUAAAUCAUAAAGAGUCUCUUCAAUUGAGCGGUUCCAGAAGCCCCACCCACGACUGGCGAGGGAAUCUGCCCUAAAAAAAAGCAUACAUCCGAAGUUUAGACUGAUUUAGCUUUAAAAUGCUAUGAUCUGUGGGGUAUUUUGAGCUGAAACUUCACAGACACAUUCUGGAGACACCAGAGACUUGUUAAAACCUUGUAAAAAGGGGCAUUAUAAGGGGCCUUUAAGAGUUUUAUGAGCUGUUGGGUUCAUGUCUGCUGUACUUUUCUAAUAACUUGCUGUAUUUACUGUUUGUGUCAUGGUGUUCUGGAGAAUGUGGUUAGCAGAAACAUUACACUUGUGUUAGUUAUUCAAUAGAAAUUUAUUUUUAGAGUUGUUGAAAUCUCACUUUCAGAGGUAGGACGUCUUCCUGAAAAAAUGAACCUAAAUGUUACUAAAGUAGCCUAUUUCUGAUUGUGAAAAUUGGCACACAAAUAGAGGACGGUCUGAACAUUAACCACAGCAAUAUUUCCUUCUAGCGCCAGCAACUGUCCAAACCUGCACUCAUGUUUAAGCGAAUAAGUUUUGAACCAUGAAGGCUCGAAUCAAAAUUAUUUUUUUCAUUGGAUUCCUUGGCUCGAGUCAAUUCAAUACUAUAGUGUCAUUUUCUGUCAUUAAAUCUUUCCCGCUAUUUUGAAUAUGGGCCAUUUUGACUGUAUAUUUGGUGCAGAAUAUCUACUGUAAGUAAACUCUAAAUUGUAAAACUGUUGGUCAUCUAAAACUAAACUUGAUCAUCUUCAGACCAUACUGGCAAAAAUUUGUGGGUUUUGUGUUGAUAGAUGAAACUUUUCAUAUACUGCAUUAACAAAUUUGACAGACUGCAUCUGAGGCUGUAUCUGUGGAAAGAU